AUGGUCGUAGUACAUUUGCCCCAAGGCUCCUACGAGGGCGGUACUCAAGGUGACGUCAAUUGCUACCAUGGGAUUCCAUACGCACAGCCUUUCGAACGCUUCAAGUCUCCGAAGCCGGUGACGAAGGCCUCGACCUCAUCAGGCGUUCAAGAUGCGACCAAAUUCGGCCCAAUUUGCCCUCAGAAUGCAUCGAGGCUGGAACCGCAUGUCUACGGUCGAUGGCCUGCUCCACCGAAUGGAGGUCAUCCGGACGAGAGCGAUUGCUGCGUGCUGUCCGUGUAUCAACCAGAAUCUGCAGCGCAAAAGUCCGGUCAGAAGCUGCCUGUGAUCGUGUACAUGCACGGUGGAGCUUGGCAGACUGGUAGUAGUGAGAUCAACUGGUAUACUGGGACUGCCCUCGCACGAGAUGGCAACUGCGUAGUAGUCACGAUCAAUUACCGAGUAGGAAUACUUGGCUACAUGUACCACCAAGGCAAAGAUCUUGCCUGCGGCACAGAGGACCACAUACUUGCCCUUGAAUUUGUACGCACCCACAUUGAACUAUUCGGCGGCGAUCCCAGCAACAUCACAGCGGCUGGACAGUCUGCAGGAGCAUACAACACCCAACUGCUGCUUGACCUCCGCCCGGAUCUCUUCGAAAGAGCUAUAAUCAUGAGCUCGCCUGCAAAUAUGGCAUUCACCGUUGAGAACGGCAACAAGAUCGCCGAAGCCGUCAAAUCGAGUUUACCAUCCGGCCAAACGCCACAGACAGCCAGUGUCACUGAGCUCUUACAGGCACAAGCAUCUGCUUCAGUCAAGGUAGGUGGGCUUGCACAAUUCGCUCCAGUCAUCGCAGAUGGGAAACCGCCAGGUGGUCGUCAUACUGUAAAGGAUGCGGCCUCCCGGAAGGAUAUCUGGGUGACUUGGAUGCAGCAUGACGGAUCUGCUUUUGCUGCUCUUGCGGGUGGCUUCGAGACUAAGGCAUCCGACGAGCUGAGCAUCAAGAUAACAGACGACGUCUUCAAGAAUCCUUCCAUUGAGCUCGCGCAGCGACUUGCAAAGGCUGGGCACAAGGUGGGGACCCUGGAACACCAAUGGACACCAGAAGGAUUCAAGCUCGGUGCGACUCAUUGUCUAGAUCUCCCGCUGAUACUGGGCGAUGCUGAGGCGUGGAAGCUGAGCCCAAUGCGAGGAAAGGCUUCAAACGAGGAGUGGGACAGGAGAGGAUCCGCGGUCAGGAGAGCCUUUGGGCAAUUCGCAAGGACUGGUGAAGUGCCUGAAGUGCUAGAGGGGACAGAAAUCAAGUCCAUUUCAUAG